CGUGUAAAGAGAUUAUUUAUUUUUAGACCAGCUCAAAGCGAAUGAAAAUGGAAAUGGUACUGUUGCCCCCUACGAUAGACCAGCUCAAUCCCUCCGAUGUGCAGUCGAUAAUUGGAUGCAUUUCCAAAUUUACCUAGAUUUAAACGGUUAAUUUCCCCAUGUCAUGAAAAUGGGUCUUUAUACUCGACGUGACAGCGUUCCCGCCCAUUCUUUCUCCACCACAACUCUCUGUUUCCCUUGUUUACCGAUCAAGGUAUGUUCUUUCUGUCUCCAUCUAUAAUUUGUGGGCAAGCUUAGUUCGAAUGCCUCCCUCAAGAAACUAAGCCAGCUUUAGUAGUUGUGAAUCGGGCUGCUUCAUCUGUAGUUGGGGCUCCGAUCCGGUUGAGGUUGGAGAUGUUGGGUCUGCAACCCGAUUGAGGUAUCAGGUAUCGCAUUACCUUAUUUGGUGCACACCUGGUGUUUGUGGAAAUGCUUGCUUCAUUAACUUUCUGAAUCUCACGAGUGAUGACCAAAGCAUUGAGUUUGUAUCUGUUUAUUGCUCAAAAUAUGGUUUAGUAUUCCAAAGUAUUUGCGGGAAAUUAGCAAAUUACAGUUCUUUAUAUCUUCCUCAUUCUUGAAAAUAUGGUUUACUAGUUGAAAUUACGCCCAUCAUGUGUUUGUAUCUGUUUAUGCUCAAAAUAUGAGUUGAUUAGACUCAUAGGACAGUCUCUAUAACCUCGAGUACAUAAUGCAGUUACCGAAUCACAGUUUGCUAUAUCUUCCUCAUUCUUAAAAUCAACUGUUUAGAUCUGGGUUACACAAAUGUGUUAAUUAAGAAGCAAAUCCUUGACUCUGCUGAUUGGCCGGCAUAACCAUGGAUAUUAAAGUUUAUACUAACUGUUCGUUUUGCUGAGAUUGUAUAUGCUUUGUUGCUUGUUGAUAAUACAGUUGAAACAAAUAAUGCAUACAAACUUAUAAAGUCUCAACAACUAAUGUAAGGGUUGUUUCCUUUUGUCUUCUUCACUAAAUAGAAUCUGAGGUAUAUGUGUUAUCAGCCUUAUAGAAAGUCCAGAGAGAAAAUGUAUAAAACCCAUGACGACGGUCUAAUUAGGAACUCAGUACACCGAUGCCACCUAUUAUAGGGAUUAAAUAUUUGAUGAGCAUGACAAAUAUACUUAUUUACGCAUCAGAUUGGAGAAAUCGCGUUGCUACUAUGUGUGCUCAAUUGGCUGCUUUCACAUUUUUCCCUAGUGAGGUCUUUAACCACUACGCAUUCUGUAAAUUUCCUUUGCUUUUCUCAAAAGUGAAACAACCUCAUCCUCGUUUUUGCUCUUGUUAAGUCAACUCACAUUCCAUUUACAAAGGAGAAGUAGGAACUUUGGAGUAAACGGAGCGACAUAGAUCACAGGAAGCUUGCAAAGGCGAUCAGAUCUGAGGCUUGUUUUGAUAGGAAGUCAUGGCUCUGGAAGUUGUGGGUGGAGCUUUUCUCUCUUCUGCUCUUGCUGUUCUGUUUGAUAGGAUGGCUUCCCGUCCGGUUGUUGACUUCAUCCGAGGAAAGAAGACCACCAUUGGGCUGAUCCACAAGUUGAAGAUGAAGUUGUUGUCAGUUAAUAAGUUGCUCGAUGAUGCAGAGGAGAAGCAACUCAGAAACUCUUGAGUCAGGGAAUGGCUUAAUGAGCUUAAAGAUGUUCUCUAUCAUGCCGAUGACCUGUUGGAUGAAAUCAAGACUGAAGCUCUGCGUUGCAAGAUGGAACAACAAGAUUCUGGAAGCAGCAACACAUAUCAGGUACUCAAGUUUAGUUCUAUUUCCAUUCGUGAACUUGACAAAAGUCUGGAACCCAGGGUACAGGAGAUUCUUGACAGAUUAGAACUUAUUGUCAACGAAAAAGAUGUGCUUGAUUUGAAAGAAGGUGUUAAGGAUAGGCCACAAGGAAGACUGCCCACAACUUCUUUGGUAGUAGAGUCUAGUGUAUAUGGAAGGGAUGAAGAAAAGGAGGCCAUCAUCAAGUUAUUGUUAGCGGAUGGUAUGACUGGAAAUAAGACAAAUGUGCUUCCAAUUGUAGGCAUGGGUGGGCUUGGAAAGACCACUCUUGCUCAGCUCGUAUACAAUGAUGACAGAGUCAAGCAACAUUUUGACCAUCAGUCAUGGUUUUGUGUUUCGGAAGGAUUUGAUGUUACCAAAAUAACACGGACAAUUUAUGGGGCGGUCGCUUCACAAACUUGUAACAUCACAGAUCUAGACAUGCUUCAAGUUAAGUUAAAAACGACUUUGAUAGGGAAGAAAUUUCUCUUUGUUCUUGAUGAUGUUUGGACUGUGAAUAUUAUGGAGUGGGAUCUCUUGAGCCGACCCUUUGAGAGUGGAGCUCAUGGAAGUAAGAUCAUUGUCACAACACGUGAUGAAGGUGUCGCAUGCAGGAUAGGUACCCUUCAAAGUCAACAUCUAAUGCAACUGUCUGAGGAAAACUGCUGGUUGUUGUUUGAAAAACAUGCCUGCAAGAAUGGAGGUGUUACUGCAGAUCCAUCACAUGAAAUGAUUGGAAAACAGAUUGUUCAAAAAUGUAAAGGACUCCCUUUAGCUGCAAAAUCACUUGGGGAUCUUUUACGUUCUGAACCAAAUAUUGAGAAAUGGAAAGAAAUAUUGAACAAUGACAUAUGGGAGUUGCGAGAUGAAGAGAAUGACAUUUUGCCUGCUCUAUGGUUGAGCUACCAUUAUCUACCUCCACAUCUGAAGCGUUGUUUUGCUUACUGUUCCAUAUUUCCUCAAGAUUAUCUGUUUGAGAAACCGGAUGUGGUUUUGUUGUGGAUGGCUGAAGAUCUCUUACCACUGAAAUCGAAGACUACAAUUGAAGAAGUCGGAGAUAAGUACUUUGAUGAGCUAGUGUCAAGGUCAUUUUUUCAACAUGUAUAUGGUAGGACAAUUUUUACAAUUCAUGACCUUAUCCAUGACUUAGCAAACUUUGUCUCUGGAGAGUUCUGUGUUAGGUUGGAGAACAAUGACUCAGUACUGGAAAAUGUCAGCAAGAGUCGCCACUUUUCGUGUAUGAAUGCAUCUGCCGUAAUUGAUCAAUGGGACAGUUUGUAUGUAGCCAAGUAUUUGCGAACCUUUCUAGUAUCAAGAUGUAACUACAUACGUCCCAACUUAGAUUUUGAUAUAUUCCUGAAGCUUCAGUGUUUAAGAGUGCUCACUUUAUCAAGGUACAAUAUUGGUGAGCUGCCUAGUUCAGUUAGCAAGUUGAAGUAUCUAAGGCACUUGGACUUGUCUAGCACAUCGAUUAAAAAGUUACCUGAUGAAAUGUGUACUUUAUAUAAUUUACAAACGUUAUUGUUGUUGGGUUGUGAAUCUCUAGUUGAGUUGCCAACUGAUUUGGGAAGAUUAAUCAACUUGCGUCGUCUUGAUAUUAGAGGCACAAAGAUAGAAAAGAUGCCACCAAGGAUGGGCAAAAUGAAACAUCUCCAAACAUUAAGAGGUACGUUUGUCCUAGAUAAAGAUACUGGUGAUAGCAUUGUGGAGAUUAAAGAGCUUCAACAGUUGCGCGAAACACUUUGUAUCUCGGGGCUUCGCAAUGUUGUGCAUGUCACAGAUGCCAUUAUGAGAAAGAAGAAGCAUCUGGUUGAAUUAGUUUUGGAAUGGGGAGGCAAGUCUGGUGACACAAACGAUACACAAAAAGAGAGAGAUGUGCUGGAGAACCUCCAACCUCAUACAAAUCUAAAAGAACUCACGAUUCGAUCUUAUGGGGGCACAAGAUUUCCAGGUUGGUUGGAAGAUCAUUCUAGUUUAUCUAAUCUGGUUCAUCUUCAACUUCUGGAGUGCGGAAAUUGUUCGUCCUUGCCAUCAGUUGAGCAGCUACCCUCCCUCCAAGAGUUUGAGAUUGAAGGAUUUAAUGGAGUGGUGACUAUAGGUUCCAAGCCUUUCCCUAAUCUUUGUGAGCUGAGUCUGAGGUCUUGUCCCGAGGUAACCGGGGCAUUCAUGUUAGCCUGCUUCCCAAAGUUUGAAAGGCUCGAAUUGGAGGAUGUUAAUGUAGAAUCUCUUAAUUCCGCUAGACUCCUCUCCCUUGUCAAACUUGAGAUAUUGUCAUGCCCAAAUCUUGUUUGUUUUUGCGAUGGAGGGCUGGAUGCGCCCAACUUGGAGACCAUAGAAGUCUAUAAAUGUUCGAAACUGAUGUCAUUGCCACAGCACAUGCACAACCUUCUCCCAUCUCUCAGGCACUUGUGGCUAUCUGAUUGUCCAGAAUUGGAAUCAUUUCCCGAAGGGAGAUUGCCGUCUAAGUUGGAAGAAUUGGACAUCACACGUUGCAAGAAACUCCUCAUUGGAAACCGUAUGCAGUGGGCUCUACCAACACUCACCUCUCUCUAUAUCUUGAGAGUCGACUUUGAGGGAUGUGAACAAGUUGUAGAUUCAUUUCCAGACGAGGGGCUGCUGCCCACCACUCUCGGAUCACUCGACAUCUACAGUAUUUCGAAGCUGGACGGCAAGGGGUUUAAACAACUCACCUCUCUUAACCAGUUGAUAAUUUGCGAUUUCCCUGAACUCCGGUGCUUGCCAGAUGAAGGGCUACCCACUUCUCUUUCUCAUCUGGACAUUGAUCAUUGUCCUUUACUAGAACAACGUUGCCAGAGAGAGACGGGGGAAGAUUGGCCCAAGAUUGCACACAUCAAGAGCAUUUAUAUCAAUAACAAACGUAUAUGACGUGCAAUGCUCCAGGUGCUUUGUAAUUCCCUGAUCAGAUGAUUCCACUGCUGAGAUAUUGGAUUGAAAUUUCCUGUCGAUGUUGCGCAAGGUUCUGAAUUAGUACUGCUAUCAAGCGAGUACGAGACUGCGGGUGGAGGAAUGAUUGCAAAUGUAUAAAGGAUUUUGUUUCCUACAAAACAAAAAAGGUCACAAAAGAGGAUGUGUGAAAGUUUCCUGGAUUCUCUACAUUAUGUCUUCAUCGUGGACCAAAUCAGAGCAUUUUCAUAGAUGAAGCAGCGAUUGAAAGAAUGUAAUUGCAGGUGGCUCUAGUACUUUCAACACCAACUUUAUUGUCACCUCUUGGUUCCCUGGUUGAUUCGGUUACUAUCCAGUUUGGAGCGUCUCAAUCAUCAGUUGCUGAAAAGUUCUAGGUUCCCUGGUCCUCUAGUCCUCUAUUCAUCAGUUUGGAGCUAAGCAUUGUCUGUGCAGAUCCUCUAUUCCGAAGUUUUCUUAUUGACACAGCAAAAUGAAUCCCAAGGAUGAUGGAGGGAUCCAUUCGGAAUGGAGGAGAUGGAAUUCUAUGAGGAAGUGAAAAUGGAACAUGCAAAAGAGAAAUCAGGCGACAAGUCUGCACUGAAGGCUGCAAUUAAGGCUUCCAAAAAAUAAAAAAAUUCUGAUGCUGCACAUCAGGGGAAGCAAACUUUUGUGCUUGCUAAUUGAUUGCUGCUUGCUGCAAGUGGAAUGGAUAUCUUAUUGUGCUGCAAUAUGCUUGUAGAAGAGAAGAACUGAGGCAGUAAUGAAUUUGUGAAACAAUGUUCAAAUCUUCAACUUUUUUUCUUUUUCUUUUUGCAUUUCACUGUAAUUUUAUAAUAUGAGACAAUAGAGUAGAUUACUAGACAAUCUCAUUUUAUAAUCUUCAAUUCUUGCAUUAGAAGUUUGUCUUGCUACACUUUGGCAUAAAACUUACAAAAUUUCAAGUUUCAUAAACACAAACAACUCAAAAUAUUUGAUCUUUCAUGCCUUUUUCAGACUUGUGGCUUUGU